AUGCGUAUCGCACCCUUUUGGCGCGACCGACCUCGACUGCGGUUUAUCAGUUUUGAAGCCGCGACGCAUGACCUUAAAAAAGGGCAAGCUCAGCUCGCCCAGGUGGUGAUUGCACAGCUGGAACGUCAAGACAUCGAGCAAAUCAUGGACCUACUCUAUAAUCCACCGGAAGAGAACCAAUACGACGCCAUUAAAGAAAGGCUCAUAUCUGCCUACGAAGAGUCGGAUAAUCUGCAAUUCCAGAAGCUGUUGUCAGAGAUGGAACUCGGCGAUCAAAAACCGACACAGCUACUUCGCUGCAUGCGGAAUCUCGCCAGAGAUAAGGUUCCCGACACCACGCUGCGACUUAUGUGGACCAAUCAUCUCCCGUCACACGUUCGGUCAGUUCUUGCAGUUUCCGAAUCAUUCAGUACGAAGACCGCGCUCUAG